GCUGAGACUGAGACAAUCUGCUCAGCACCACGGACAGCGAACAAUUGGGCGCUCGGACACAAGCUAUCCAUCGAUAUUGGAGAAUUAAAGGCGAAUCAGAAGACUGAACUGAAAACGAGGAAAUUGGGGGAUCUACUACAUUUAAUUUGAUUAAAGACUUGGGCUUUUUCACUGCUUCCCAAAGUAAGCAUGUCCUCGUCUUCUCGUCUCUGAGUAAAUCAUUCAUAGCGUAUGUGUGAUUUAAAAAUGUAGCUUUGCAAUGCAAGUAUUACGAUUAUUGAGAGCAUUACGCUGAGUUGAGAUACUACCAUUGCAGUCAUAACCUACAUAAACAGUACUAUCACCUAUAUUCAUAGCAGGCAUUAUUAUAGAGCUCGUAGUAUUAAAGAUCGGCCGUGCGUAAAAGCUGUGGCACUGUUCCAGCUUGACGCGCAACACAGCGGGUGUGUGUUUGCAGGCUGAGAAUGAGACGUUACUACGUAAAGAGGAGAUAAUAAUUGGUGAUUCUCUACGGUAACAGCAGUGGCUUUCCGUGCUUAAUUACGGACAUGACAACUUGUUAAAAUGUAGGAUACAUGGCAACACAUCUUUGUCUUUGGAGUUGGCUCAUACGCUCCGUUUCCAAUGAAAUAGCACCGGUUCCCAUCUGUGGUCAGAGCGCGCACUCUCUCGCUUGGGCGCCCAAGCACACACUUAAAUGUAAACUCUAAAUUAGAUAUGGGAUGAAAUAGGCUGAACCACUUUUUCUUUGUUUUAAUCUGAUACCUUGUAGUGUGGUUGCUGGUGAUUCUCCUCCUGAUUCUGUUCCAAAUCAAGCAUGGAAUAAACCAGCAUGGCAGAAGUAAAGGUUCUCUUCUAAAUCAGUGAAAACACCAGGGGGACAAAUCUGCAUCUGGACUAUGUGCCAUCAUCUUCCCCUCUGAAACCCACAAUGGAGCCCCUAGACCAGACCUACGGGUUUCCCCUCCCAUCGGACCUCAACUCAUCCUCUGCAGCCACUCCCUUGUCCUUCCUCUUUUCCCACCCCCGCCUCUUCAACGUCUCCUCCAACCUGUCCACGCAAAGCGUUCCCUUUCAGGGCAGCAGCACUCUGAUGACAGCGAUCAUCUCCCUCACAGUCUUCAUGGUGGGCCUGACUGGCAACACGCUGGCCAUCUAUGUGGUGCUGCGCUAUGCCAAAAUGAAGACAGUCACCAACAUCUACAUCCUGAACCUGGCUGUGGCCGAUGAGCUGUACAUCAUCGGGCUCCCCUUCCUCACCACGCAGAACGUGCUCUCCUAUUGGCCGUUUGGCUCCUUCCUUUGCCGCGUUGUCAUGACGGCAGACUCUAUGAACCAGUUCACGUCUAUUUUCUGCCUGACUGUCAUGUCCAUCGAUCGGUACCUGGCUGUGGUUCAUCCAAUCCGCAGCACAAAGUGGAGACACCCCCGCGUGGCCAAGGUGGUGAGCGCAGCCGUGUGGGCCGUGUCCUUCGUGGUGGUUCUGCCUGUGGUCAUCUUUUCUGAUAUUCAGGACACAUUCAACUCCUGCAACAUCAACUGGCCAGAGCCAAAGAACGUGUGGUCGACAGCCUUCAUUCUCUACACCGCCACGGUGGGCUUCUUUGGACCGCUGCUCAUCAUUUGCCUCUGCUACCUACUUAUCGUUAUCAAGAUCAAGUCAUCAGGGGCGCGGGCGGGCUUCACCAAGCGCCGGCGGUCGGAGCGCAAGGUGACGAGGAUGGUGGUGGUGAUCGUGGUGGUGUUUGUGCUCUGCUGGCUGCCAUUCUUCAUCAUCAACAUGGUCAAUCUGGUGGUCAUCAUUCCGGAGUCUAGUGCCACUGCCGGCAUCUACUUCUUCGCCGUCAUCCUGUCAUACGCCAACUCCUGUGCCAACCCGGUGCUCUACGGCUUCCUGUCGGACAACUUCAGACAGAGCUUCAGAAAAGUGCUGUGUGUGAGUAAUGUGAGGUGCAAGGCCAACGGUGUGGAUGAUGGCGACCCCAGCGCUCAGCGCACUGAGAAAACCACAGCACACGAAUGCCUCGUUCUCUCCCCUCGUAACCAGGCCUACCACGACCCCCAGAGCAGCCAGAUCUCUCCUCAUCCUCCAGGCUCGCCGAUCUCCCACACAGCAGCAGACCUGCACCGCUCCUCCCCUACAUGUCAACCUCCAUCCACUUGCCCAGGAAUGGGACCCACCACAGCCACAGCGGCCUCCACAGCAGCCUCCAUGGUACCCUCCGUGGUAACCCUGGCUUAACCUCCAACCCUCACUGCCCUGACUACGUUCUCCUCUCCUGCAUCAUUAGCUCCACUGGAAAACAUCAGGUGUUUCAUGAAUUGAAAAGAGAAGCUGAGGAGGAAACAUAAUAUGAGACUACAGCAGUGAAAGCAGAGGGAUCGGAUCAGCUGAUGCUGUUCUGCAGUUGCAAUGUAAAAAAUCCAUUUCCAGGACUAUUUUCUGAACACUCAUUUGAAAUGCAUUGCAGCAUUUAUGACCCAUUUCAGUGAAACAACCUCAUGAAUAUUUUACAUUUGUUUCAUGUCUCGAUGUGUAUCUCUACCUUUAUGAAUCACCCAGCUGCUCAACAAGUCACAUUUUUCUUUCCAUCCAGCCAUUUGACAUAAGUGCCUUCUGCGCCGCUGUCAGCAGGUAUCCCGGCUCCUAAACGGACAAAGGAACAUUCGCUCCGUACUUCUCUCACUUUCUGUUCAUCUGUUACACAACAUGUAAGAAUAAACUUACUUUUCAGUACCAAAAAUCCCGGAGAGGAGAAGAUUUCAUAUCACAAGUUUAUUUGGGUAAAACAGGCCUUACAGGGUUGUGAUUUAGUCUGAAAGGAUGAUUGGUACUUUCAGAUAAAAAUUUACCUCCUCCAGCAGCUUAAUGCACUAUUUUGUUUCUGUAGUAAAAAGGCAUUUUCCUGUUUCAAACUCCCACUCACUUCUGCUCUUUUCACUGUAACUUAAAUGGGUAAAUUGUGAUGAUUGACGUUGACAUCUGUACAGCUUUGUGGCAAAAGUCUGCUGUAAUCCUUUUUAUAUACUGUUUGUAUUCCAGAGAGCGGCUUGAUUGCUGUUUACCAGCUUCUCAGUCACAGGACAUGCGACUCUGUGUUUUCCUGCCAGCUUUGAACACAGACCUUCUGACCUCUUUGUAUAUAUGCCUUUGAAUUUGUAUCUUUGUGCAUUUGCGUGUCAAGUGUGUGUUUAUUUGAGGCGCCUUGUUUACUGUAUGAUAGAAUACACACACAGCGAAUAUUUCUGAUCAGACUCAACUGGCACAGCCUCCAUUAGCCUUUGAAAUGCUUAUAGUGUAAAUGUGUCCGCCAUGAAGCUUUUAACAGGAAAGGUCAGGGGUUGUUUUUGCGACAGGUGGGAGAGGAUUACUGCACAAAUGCCAAGAAUGACCAUCGCCUGUUGAGGCGAUAUUAUUGCUGAAUGUGAUCAGUGCCAAGUGCGGCCAACCACACCCACGUCGUUUCUGUCGGAUGAGGCAGUGAAAAAGUUCCUUAAAGCUGAACUCCACACGAUGUAUAUUUGCUUUGCCUAAACAUGAGUUCAUCAGACUGUAAACAAACUUUAAAAAACAGGAGACAAUUUGGACAUAGCUUCUCUCUUUGCCACACACACACACACACACACACACACACACACACACUCACCUAGUAUAAAUGUAUGGUAGGACAAAGUAUUUCUUUAUUAACGCUUAUCUAAACAGUUUCUAUUGUCUGGUCUUCAUAUCACAUCACCACAGAACCAAUGUCUCUAUAAUAGCAGUCAUUGUGUUAUUAAGUAAAAGCUGACUGGAAUGAAAUAGUGUUCACGUUAAUGGAAUUAGUUAAAGAGUAAAAUGAGUUUUGUGUUCGGACACGUAGGAGUGAGAAUGAGUCAAAUCUCAAUGGUGGAUGUGUAAUGAAAAAGAAAAUGAAUCAGGGGCUUGCAGUGAGAAGAUGCUGAUCAGGUGAAUAUAAUAAG